ACGGCCAGUGCUCUUAACCUCUGAGCCAGCUCUCCAGCCCCAAACCACCGUUCUUUAAGGAACGAAAGAACACAUCUGGUGGGGUGUGGUAGUGGAUCUCAGUGAGUUCCAGGACAGCUAGGGCUGUUACACAGAGAAACCCUGUCUGGAAAAACCAAAACAGCAAAAAUCCACAUCUAAUAGCCACUUAAAAAUAAUAAUAAACCCUUCCUCAAGCGGCUUUUGUUAGGUAUUCUGUCACAACAGAAGACAAGUAAUACAAUUAGAGAAAUAAAAGUUACAACUAAUAGAGGGGUGGGUUCCAGCACGCUCAGCGGGAGACGGUGUGUUGAACAUACAAGAGUUCCUGGGUUGGAUUUUCAGCGGUGUGUGUGCACAUGGAGGCUAGAGGUCCAGUUCAGGAGCCAUCCACCUUGAUGUUUUGUGACUUGUUUUUUGAAAAGGCUCAUCUUGUCAGACUAAUUCUGGCUGGCCAGAGGCCUGGGGAAUGUCUUGUCUCACCUUUGCCUGUGUUGGGACCACAAGCACAGUCACCCCCAGCCAUUUUUACAUGGGUGACGGCGAUCAAACUCAGAUCCUCAGGACUGCUGCACCUCUGUAGCACUAGAAUAACUCACUUUUCGAAGACUGCUUAUUCCAAGUGUGGGCAGAUUACGAGCAGCAGUUGGGACAGUCGUACCACAAACCCAAGCAGCCCGCGUUGGCCUGAUGGGUUCCCCGAACGAGCGCUCCUGGCUGCUAGAAGGCAAGCUCGAGCUUGGCGGAAGUGACCGAAGCCCCCCUCGAGCAGAGGGGCCGCAGGGAGGGGGCGAGGCGGGAGGCACUCGUGUUUGGAGGGACCCGGCGCCCGCUUCCGCCGCUGCCUCAGAGAGCAGGCGCGGCCCCUGCCACAGCGCGGAGGCCUAGCUAGGCCAGGAGUCCCGGGCCAGGAGAAGCCCGGGGCGAGGCGGGGACCGUGCGACCCUCAGGCGGCGCGCCCCCCAGGACCGGGGGGCGGGGCAGGGGCGGGGCCCCCUGGGAUUGACGACUGCGCAGACCGCACGGGACGGCCCCUUUGUCUAGGGAGCCGAGGCAGCCGCCGCAGGGCGAAAGGUUGCGGCCGACGCCCCACAGGAUCCUCAGAUUCCACUUGUCCUCACAGACCCAAGAAACCAAGAUGGCAGCAGCUGGACUUAUGCCACUGCCAGCAGGACCUCAGGUCAAGGUGACCUUCGAGGAUGUGGCUGUUCUGCUGUCUCAGGAGGAGUGGGCCCGCCUGGGCCCUGCUCAGCGGGGCCUCUACAGAAAUGUGAUGAUGGAGACCUACGGGAAUGUGGUCUCACUGGGACUCCCAGGAUCCAAGCCUGUUGUGAUCUCCCAGCUGGAGCGAGGAGAAGAUCCAUGGGUCCUGGAUGGGCAGGAGACUGAGCAGAGCCUGGGAAGUGACCACUCAGAAUGGAAAACCAAGGAAGAAAACCAAAACACAAACUUGAACUUACAGCCCCUGAUCUCAGAUGAGAAACCUGAGAUCCUGGGGGAAACAUCGUUGAAAAAAGCUGAUGAAGAACAUUACAAAAUGGAGCAGAACUUCAGCCCAAGUCCAAGCCCUGUUGGCCCCCAUAAUGCGCGGGUAUCGAAACCUAGUGCACCGCUUGCUGGACACCAGGUGGCUCCUAGCGGAGAGAGGCCCUACAUAUGCAUGGAGUGCGGCAAGUGCUUCGGUAGGAGCUCUCAUCUCCUUCAGCACCAGCGGAUCCACACCGGCGAGAAGCCGUACGUGUGCCGCGUGUGUGGGAAGGCCUUCAGCCAGAGCUCUGUCCUGAGCAAGCACAGGCGGAUCCACACCGGCGAGAAGCCGUACGAGUGUAACGAAUGUGGGAAAGCCUUUCGGGUGAGCUCAGACCUGGCCCAGCACCACAAGAUCCACACGGGAGAGAAGCCCCACGAGUGCCUGGAGUGCGGGAAGGCGUUCACUCAGCUCUCACACCUCAUCCAGCACCAGCGCAUCCACACGGGGGAGAGGCCGUACGUGUGCCCCUUGUGCGGGAAAGCCUUCAACCACAGCACCGUCCUCCGGAGCCACCAGAGAGUGCACACCGGAGAGAAGCCCCACGGGUGCAGCGAGUGCGGGAAGACCUUCAGUGUGAAGCGAACCCUGCUGCAGCACCAGCGGGUCCACACCGGGGAGAAGCCGUACGCGUGCAGCGAGUGCGGCAAGGCCUUCAGCGACCGCUCGGUGCUCAUCCAGCACCACAACGUGCACACCGGGGAGAAGCCGUACGAGUGCAGCGAGUGCGGCAAGGCCUUCAGCCACCGCUCCACCCUGAUGAACCACGAGCGGAUCCACACGGAGGAGAAGCCGUACGCCUGCUACGAGUGCGGGAAGGCCUUUGUGCAGCACUCGCACCUCAUCCAGCACCAGAGAGUCCACACGGGGGAGAAGCCGUACGUGUGCGGCGAGUGUGGGCACGCCUUCAGCGCGCGCCGGUCUCUCAUCCAGCACGAAAGAAUCCACACGGGCGAGAGGCCCUUUGAGUGCACCGAGUGCGGCAAGGCCUUCAGCCUGAAAGCCACCCUGAUCGUGCACCUGCGCACGCACACCGGGGAGAAGCCGUACGAGUGCAACAGCUGCGGCAAGGCCUUCAGCCAGUACUCGGUGCUCAUCCAGCACCAGAGGAUCCACACCGGAGAGAAACCCUACGAGUGUGCGCAGUGCGGGCGCGCCUUCAACCAGCACGGCCACCUGAUCCAGCACCAGAAAGUGCACAAGAAGCCGUGAUCCUCGGCCGCCGGAGGCCCAGCUUAGACCUGCACAACACGUGACCAGCCUGCCUCCCAGGUCAGCUGAGCCUGAGGACCCUUCCUUUUCCUCCCUAGCAAACAUUCUUCCACAAAUGCUUUUAUUUCCCUCAACAUAUUGAAAUGACAUUGGAGAAGAUCCUACAAUUGUAGAUAUUGGUUUUAAAAAAAGCCAUAAUUCUCCCUUUAUCUGACAUGAAUUUACUGAAGCAACUUUAAAGUUUAAACAAAGCACACACCAUUAAACCUAGUAGAGGUGAGUUUGAGGCCAGCCUGGUCUACAGAGUGAGUUCCAGGACAGCCAGAGCUGUUUUACACAGAGGAAACCAUCUCAAAAAAAAAGGGGAGGGGGGAUGGCAUUUCAAACGAAGUUUCGACUCAUUCUAAUACUGUAGUUGAAUUUAGAAUAUUUGGACUGUUUUUGCUUUGGGUUUGUCUUUGGGGGGAGGGAGUAUCUUGGGACAGGGUGUCUGUGUAGCCCUGGCUGUCCUGGAACUCCUUCUGUAGUGCAGGAUGGCCUCCAACUCAGAUCUGUCUCUGCCUCCACAAUACUGGGAUUAAAGGCGUGCCCUGUUGCUUACUUUUGGUGUUUUUACAAAGCACUCAAAUACUACGGUAGGUGGAGAACCAAUUCCCACAAGUUGUUUAUGACACAAAUAAAAGUGAUUUUAAAAUA